AGUGUUGCUACAGAGUUACCCAUUCCGCCUUGAUUAACUGCUGCUCCUCCCCCUCUUCUGUUACUGCUACUAUUGAGGCUUCCACUGCCUUUGUUAUCAACAUUAUUAUUGUUAUUGGAAGCUAAAUUUACGUUCGCAUAAUUGUUAUUAAAAGGUUACUCCUCAAGACAAUUUAAAAGGAAAGAGAUGCUUACGUGUCAGGUGUGGAUGUUUGUUCAACUUUUGGCCUUCUAUUACGAUUUCCACUGUUUGGUCUGUUGCGUUUACGAGGGCUCUCUUGAAUUGAUGAAUCGUCUUCUCUAUGAUUCACCUUUUUGGACGUGGAAGUUGUUGUCGGUGCUGUUGGCGACGGCGGUUGGGAAACAGGAGGUUUGGGUGCUGUUAGUUUUAAUUUUAUCUUCAAAGAGGGUGACGAACUCAUCGUGUAAUGCAAAAUUUCGCUGGGCAAACUCUACCCGACGGUCAAAAAAAAUUUUAAUACAGUAUUUUACCUUAUAUUUUAGACGAUUUACAAUUUUUAAUGGACAAUAUACAUUUUAAUUUUAGAUUUAUUAAAAAAUAUUUUUAGAAAAGUCCAUAAUAUUUUGGAUUUGGAUACUCAUUAUUCAGUGAUAUUCAAGC